AUGGCCGACAGCCUGCCUCAGCAGCCGCCAGCUCCCGCACUCUCCCUGCCCGAUGAAGCAGACUCGAAAUCCUCACCCACGACAUCCACCAGCCCCUCCUCAGACUCGAUAUCCAGGCCACCGUCGCUGCCGCAGUCUACUACUGGCAUGGCUUCCUCGAUGAGUCCUUCCUCCGCCCCGCUUGGCCCGGUCAAUGCUGCAAGAAGGCCCGGUCCUCUUCCUGGUCGUGCAAGCGGCCUCAACUCCGAUAUACAGGCGAAAAUGAAGGCAUUUUCGCAGUCCAGGCAGGGGGCUCGUCCUUCUGCAGCGCAACAACCGGGUGUUCCCCCUGCGUUCGUUGGAGGGCCCAUUGCAGGAGCUCCUUCUGCGUCUGCAGCGUCCACGUCUGGCGGACUACAAUUACCUGGGGGUAUGAGCCGGCCUAAUGCUCCCAGCUUUGGGUCGCCGCCAUCUCCUGCUACGGGGAGCCCAAGAAUGACCAGUCCGCAACCACGGUUGCAGAUGGGCGGACUUGCAGCAAAGAGAGGCUUCAAGCCGGGGGCGAUGAAAUUGUCAGAUGCUCAUAAACCACAGCCCGCCGGUGAGAUCCGUGAAAAACAAGAUACCGGUUCCCAAUUCAACAAGUUUGCCAACAUCGUAGACACCAAGAAGGGUACUUUGAACUUCCAGAACAAGGCCGUCAUCCACGGCAGCGGCAUAGAGUUUGCUGGAGGCAGUACGUUCUCCAUAUCUCUCGACGAGGUCGAUACGGUGGCCGAGCUGGGGAAGGGGAACUACGGGACAGUAUUCAAAGUCCGGCAUGCCCGCCCCAAGAUGCGAAGGCCUGGGCUCGGCUUACGAGGCAACAUGGUCAGACAGGGAACAACAUCAAACUUCACCGAAGAUGGAGAAAGUGAGUGUCCGGCCAAGGAAUCCGGAACGACUGGUCUUGUCAUGGCAAUGAAAGAAAUCCGACUCGAAUUAGACGAUACCAAGUUCGCCCAGAUCAUCAUGGAAUUGGAUAUCUUGCACCGUUGCGUGUCACCUUUUAUCAUCGAUUUUUACGGCGCAUUCUUUCAAGAAGGCUCGGUGUACAUUUGUAUUGAGUAUAUGGAUGGAGGGUCCAUUGACAAAUUAUACGGCGAUGGGGUUCCUGAAGGUGUUCUGAAGAAAAUCACUCUGUCGACUGUGAUGGGACUCAAGUGCCUAAAAGAUGAACACAACAUCAUCCAUCGCGACGUCAAACCGACCAAUAUCUUGGUCAACACCCGCGGACAAGUCAAGAUCUGUGAUUUUGGCGUCAGUGGCAACCUAGUUGCUUCUAUUGCAAAGACGAACAUUGGCUGCCAGAGCUACAUGGCUCCCGAACGGAUAUCCGGCGGUGGCGUAGCACAGGCUGGCGGUGCUGGAGGCUCCUACAGCGUGCAGUCUGAUAUCUGGUCCUUAGGUCUUACCAUCAUCGAAUGUGCACUCGGAAGAUACCCUUAUCCCCCAGAAACAUACGACAACAUUUUCAGCCAGUUGAGUGCUAUCGUGGAAGGUGAACCACCAGAUCUUCCAGCAGAUCAAUAUUCUGAGGCAGCCAUUGACUUUGUCCGGGGAUGUCUCAAUAAAAUCCCCCGACUCAGACCGACCUAUGCAAUGCUUCUUCGACACGCUUGGCUGGCUCCCCUGAUGAAGCCGCCGACAAUUUCUGAGGACGAAGAGGCUGAAAAGGCAGCAGAAGCCGGCAUUGAAUCGGCAUUUGUGGGCAAUGGCGUUCCCGACACUGCAGACAAGGAAGUCGCCGAAUGGGUCAAGGCGGCACUAGAAAAGAAGAGGCAGGGCAAGUUGGCAGUGAGCAAGAAGCCGGCAUUGCACGAAGCACCUCUUGACGCCGUACCCGGAAGCCCGUUGCUUACGCAGUCCGAGGCUGCCGCCCUACCAAAUGUACCUGCUGAGCAACAUGCGAAUCCUGGUACUCUUGUGGAUUCUGCCGAUUUGCUGGCGGCGAAAGUGCAAGGUCUCGAUUUCGCUUCAUAA